UGGUGGUUGCUGUAAGCUGUGACACCCGGCACUCUACUGAGGGUGACAAAAUGACACUCUAUCUCUUAAAAAAAUAAAAAUAAAAAGAAUUAGAUCAUACAGUUUUUGUCCAGUCACAUUUCUACAUUGUUGUCAAUCAUGCCUAUCCAAUGAAGUCUCAAGGCCCAAGAGAACAGAGUUUUGAGAGCUUCUUCUGGGUAGCUGAACAUACGGAUAUUCCUGAAGGGUGGCAUGCCAGCAGAGGACAUGGAAGCUUUGCACCCUUUCUCACAUCCCUUGACAUGCCUUUCCCUGUUCAUCUCUUCAUCUUUUACAAAGGAUACUUUGUAAUAUUGUUUAUAAUAAACCCAGUUAAUGUGAUUCCCUGAGUUCUCCAAGCCUCUUAGACAAAUAAAUCUAAGAAGGGGGGGGUCAUGGGAUCCCGAAUUGAUAGCCAGUUGGUCAGAAGCAGGGGUAAAGAACCAGAGGUUUUCGUGGUACUGUACUUUCAACCUGUUGUCUGAUCUAAUGCUAUUUCUAGGUAGAUUGUGUCAGAAUGGAAAUAGAGAAUGAAUAUCCAGCUGGAGUUCACUGUAGAAUUAAUUGAUUGUUGGUGGGGAGAAACCCCCAUGUGUUUGGUUGGGGAAGUCUUCGUUGAUUCCUGUUGAGUGACAGAAUGGGGGGGAAAGUGUUUUUUUUGCUCAGAGUAACUCUAAUCCCACAAUCUGAAAUUCAGAUGCUCCAAAAUCUGAAACUUUUUUUUUUUUAGAUACUCUUUCCUCUUGCUCAGACUGGUCUCAAACUCCUGAGCUCAGGCAAUCCACCCGCCUCAGUAUUCUAGAGUGCUAGGAUUACAGGUGUGAGCCACUGUGCCUGGCCCUCUCAAACACUUCUGGUCCCAAAUGUUUCAGCCUAUAUAUGAAAAUGCCUAUUUCCUUCUUAUUUUCAUGUUCCUGUGCACUGGUAACUAAUGAAAGAAUGAAAAUAGAUUUCCCCUAAUGUUUGGAUUAGGUAUCUUUUUAACUGACCAUACAGUGUUGUGUUACAGAAAAAUGGCUGCUGGACUGGAUCGGGUGGUUGCUCUUGUGGACAUGGACUGUUUUUUUGUUCAAGUGGAACAGCGGCAAAAUCCUCAUUUAAGAAAUAAGCCUUGUGCAGUUGUGCAGUACAAAUCAUGGAAGGGUGGUGGAAUAAUUGCAGUGAGCUAUGAAGCUCGUGCAUUUGGGGUCACUAGAAACAUGUGGGCAGAUGAUGCUAAGAAGUUAUGUCCGGAUCUUCUACUGGCACAAGUUCGUGAGUCCCGUGGGAAAGCUAAUCUCACUAAGUAUCGGGAAGCCAGUGUUGAAGUGAUGGAAGUAAUGUCCCAUUUUGCUGUGAUUGAACGUGCCAGCAUUGAUGAAGCUUAUGUAGAUCUGACCAGUGCUGUACAAGAGAGACUACAAAAGCUGCAAGGUCAGCCUAUCUCAGCAGACUUGUUGCCAAGCACUUACAUUGAAGGGUUACCUAGAAACCCUUCAACAGCAGAAGAGGCUGUUCAGAAAGAGAAGAUGCGAAAACAAGGUUUAUUUCAAUGGCUUCAUUCUCUUCAGUUUGAUGGCAUCGCUUCUCCAGACCUGCAGCUCACCGUGGGAGCAGUGAUUGUGGAGGAAAUGAGAGCAGCCAUAGAGAAGCAGACUGGUUUUCAGUGUUCUGCUGGAAUUUCACAUAAUAAGGUCCUGGCAAAAUUGGCUUGUGGACUAAACAAGCCCAACCGCCAGACUCUGGUCUCACAUGCAUCAGUCCCACAGCUCUUCAGCCAAAUGCCCAUUCGCAAAAUCCGUAGUCUUGGAGGAAAGCUAGGGGCCUCUGUCAUUGAAAUCCUAGGGGUGGAAUAUAUGGGUGAACUGACUCAGUUCACUGAAUUUCAGCUCCAGAGUCAUUUUGGAGAAAAGAAUGGGUCUUGGCUAUAUGCCAUGUGCAGAGGAAUUGAACAUGAUCCAGUUAAACCCAGACAACUACCCAAAACCAUUGGCUGUAGCAAAAACUUCCCAGGAAAAACAGCUCUAUCUACUCGGGAGCAGGUACAAUGGUGGCUUUUGCAGUUAGCCCAGGAACUAGAGGAGAGACUGACCAAAGACCGAAAUGAUAAUGACAGGGUGGCCACCCAGUUGGCUGUGAGCAUUCGUGUGCAAGGAGACAAACGUCUCAGCAGCUUGCGCCGCUGCUGUGCCCUUAUCCGCUACGAUGCUCACAAGAUGAGCCGUGAUGCAUUUGCUGUUAUCAAGAACUGUAAUACUUCUGGAAUCCAGACUGAAUGGUCCCCUCCUCUCACAAUGCUUUUCCUCUGUGCUACCAAAUUCUCUGCCUCUGCCCCUUCAUCUUGCACAGACAUCACCGUCUUCUUGAGCAGUGACCCCAGUUCUCUGCCAAAGGUGCCAGUUACCAGUUCAGAAGCUAAGACCCAGGCAAGUGACACAGGGGUGACAGCCACUAAGAAAGCAGCCACUUCUCUGGAAUCAUUCUUCCAAAAAGUUGCAGAAAAGCAGAAAGUCAAAGAAGCUUCACUUUCAUCUUUUACUGCUACCACUCAGGCCCUCACAAGCAAUUCACCAUCCAAGUUAUCACCUUUCCCAACCAGUCAAACUAUAGGAACUGAGUCCUUCUUUAAGCAGAAAAGUCUGCUUCUAAAACAGAAGCAACUUCAUUCUUCAGUUCCUUUCCCUCCACAAAAUCCCUGGCCCAACUCCGAAGGGUUAACAAAUCAUGUUCCAACAGAGAAUCCAAAUUGUGCCCCUAUUUGUGAAGUGUUGAAGCUAGAAUCCUGUAAAGCAACUCCUGCAGUAGUGGACAUGACCCAGGACAGCCCAAGCACGCUUGUUUCUUCAGCUUCCAAGUCUGCUCUCGGGGUAGCUGAGAAGGCAACUACCACUUCAAGUGUUCUUGCUGCUGAGGACCAGGUGCCCUGUGAGAAAUGUGGCUCCCUGGUACCAGUAUGGGAGAUGCCAGAACACAUGGACUACCAUUUUGCAUUAGAGUUGCAGAAAUCCUUUUUGCAGCCCCAGUCCUCAAAUCCCCAUGUUGUAACUGCCUUGUCUCCUCAAGGCAAAAGAAAUCCCAAGAGUCCUUUGGCCUCCAGUAAUAAACGCCCAAGGCCUGAGGGCAUGAAGACAUUGGAAUCUUUUUUUAAGCCAUUAACACAUUAGUGCUGCCCUCAGGCUUGCUAUGGAUUUGGAAUUUUUUUUUUUUUUUUGAGACAGUUGUGGAGUACUAUGGAGUCAUAGCUCACAGCAACCUCAAACUCUUGGGCUUAAGCAGUUCUCUUGCCUCAGCCUCCCAAGUAGCUGGGACUACAGGUGCCCGCCAUGGGAUUAUAAUAUUUUAUCUGUAAACUUGAGAGAUGGAAAUAUGUUUCCUUCUCAGAGAAGUCCAUAAUUUUAUGAAAUUUUUAAUACAAAAAAAAAUAAUUGUUAGGUGCUGGGUUAAGGUUCCCAUCUCUUCAUCGCCAUGGAUUCUAAUCCCAUUGCUGAUAGAGAUGUAAAAAUUCAUUCUCCCAUCAAGUUUUAAUCUUUAGGAAAUUUAAUCUUUAGGAAAAUUCAUUCUCCCAUCAAGUUUUUAAUCAAGUUUUUAAUCUUAGGGUUUGGGGAGGUACUAUCAUAUAGUAAAAACUGUAUGGGCCUUGAAGCCUAGGAGACUGGUUUCAAACCUAUAGCCUCUUAUUUCAGUGAUGACUUUGAGUAAAUCACUUUCUUCAUUUCCUUAUGUAUAAAUGAGAUAAUACCCUACAGAUUAUUAAAGAUUAAAAAAAUGACGUUUAAAGUAUCUAACUUAAAGUUGGCACAGAGAAGGAACUAAGUUAAAAAAAAAAACAAAACCUCCUGGGUGGUGCCUGUGGUUCAGUGGGUAGAGUGCUGGCUCCAUAUACUGAGGGUGACGGGUUCAAACCCAGCCCCGGCCAAACUGCAAUAAAAAAUAGCCGGUUGUUGUGGCGGGUGCGUGUAGUCCCAGCUACUCGGGAGGCUGAGGCAAGAGAAUCACCUAAGCCCAGGAGUUGGAGGUUGCUGUGAGCUGUUUGAGGCCACGGCACUCUACCGAGGGCCAUGAAGUAAGACUCUGUCUCUACAAAAAACAAAACAAAACAAACAAAAAAAAAACCUCUCUAGCUUGAUGACAGGGGCAGUUCAGAUAAUGCCUUAAUCAGAAUUCUAUAUUUUCAUUUGGAGAAUGUGAGGUGAAGAAUCACUAAAAGUAGGCUGGGCGUGGUGGCUCACGCCUGUAAUCCUAGCACUCUGGGAGGCUGAGACAGGUGGAUUGCCUGAGCUCACUGGUUCGAGACCAGUCUGAGCCACAGUGAGACCCCAUCCCUAAAAAAAUAGCUGGGCAUUGUGGUGGGCACCUGUAGCCCCAGUUGCUGGGGAGGCUGAGGCAAGAGAAUUGCUUGAGCCCAAGAGUUUGAGGUUGCUGUGACCUGUGACACCAUGGCACUCUACGGAGGGUGACAAAGCGAGACUGUUUCUAAAACAAAUGAACAAACAAGAAUCCCUUAAAGUGCUAUAGUAAGUUAGUGUAGGGUAGGCUCUGUUCAUAAAAACUAGUCAAUAAUGCUG